AUGUGUGAUGAAGAAGUAUCAUUAAAACCACAAAAAUUGUUUUUAAAUAAAAUUUCAGGUAUGACAGCGAAAGCUGUAUCUGAUAUAACAGCAUAUCGGCCACUUCCAUCGAACGGUGGAUGCAUGUGGUUCGGUACAGCACCAUUUUGUAAUCAUCAUUGUCCACCAGAAUACGACUAUAUUCGAAGUAGUAAUGGGCGCUGCAGCUCUAAAUGGUUUGCAUCUGUUUGCAAGCCAGAUCCUAGUUUCGGUUAUCCAUGUAGUACUGUGUUAGGAAAUUAUUUCACUAAACGAUUUUGUUGCAAAAUCAAAAGUCGAAUAAGGAUCGUUGCAACUAUUCUAAUAUUUAUUUAUAGAAGUGAUCCUACUCAAUGUGCUUGGAGUGGCCGCUGGAUGAGUGCUAAUACGGCACAUAAUGUUUACUGCCGCUAUGAUAAUAAUUUUGGCAAAUGUGGGUCUUUGGAUUGUGCUGUUAAUCAUUAUGACUAUCAGGCUCAUAAUUCGACUGAAAUAUUUGGUUCAAAAUGUGAUCAAAUAAAUUUGUUUGGUUACAAUGGUAAAGCGACAUGUGGAUAUAUAUCUUGGUUUGAUAAAAAUGGUCAAAUUGUUGAUAGCUGGUAUAAGACAAAAUGA